AAAUAUUUUCCUUUCCGUAUUUGCCGCAGAUUUUUCGUUUGAAGCUCUCUGCUACUGCUAAGUCGCGCGCUGCAGCAGUUUCCGUAAUCGAAGUGUGUAUAGGCUUUUUAAUGGCAACCAAUAGUUCAUCGAGGUCUCUUACAUCACCACCACCUUCAUCUUCAAAUUCCGAUAGUGGACGUAAAUCUUUGUGGAGUUAUGUCAAAAUAUCUACAUAAGCUUGAUUUAUUCCCAGCUAGUUGGGUCCUAUAAGAUAUUAUACUUGUUUAGCUAUGUGAGUCAUGCUUAUGUUUGUUUGAGGAGAAUUUUUGACCUGGAUGUGUAGGGCAGUAAUUACAUGGAAGGACAAGAAAGCUUGCUCGAUACACUUUUUGACGAGGAAAAUCUUGAGGAUGGCCAAGAUGUUGAGAUGCUUGAUGUAGAAGAGGGUGAGUUCGUUGAACUGAAUCCAAGGACUAGAGCAGGAGAAAGUUCUAAUGAUCAUGAUAUUCAAGAAAAUAAAGAAUCUAACAAGCCGAGUUCAAAACAAAAGAAGAGGAAAAAGAAAAACAAGCGAAAGAGAGGUGGCAAUGUAGGCCCAAAUGUAACUGAUAUCAACAGGUUUGUUCUGGACGCAUGCAAACGCUUGCGAGAGACAAAAUCUUAUCUUAUGUACACUGCUGUUGGUUGUCUUGGAGUGGCAGCUUUGAGCGAUCUUAUCAAAGAGGUUGAUGCAAUCCAAGCUUGUGGAGGUCAGAAGACCUCCGAUGGCAGCCGAUUCCGGAAAGGUGGUGGUAUAUUAUGGAACAUCAUUAAAGCACGUGAUCCAAAUGCUUACAAAGAGAUAAUGAGACAAGGAAGAGAGUUUGAGAAACAAUUCAAGCAGCAGAAGCAAGAACCAGCUGCACAACACGCUGAAACUCCCCCUGCGAACGCGCCUCUUGAUGCCAGUCAGAAUAAGAAGGGCAAUCCAUCGGGUAAUUUGGAACUCGGACCUCAUGAUCAAAGCCAGCGCGACGCCGUGCAGACACGUGCAUCUGUUCACGAACGGAUACGAAUGCCGGUUAUAUACGACGAUUGUCUGUUUGGCGGAGAGGAUCCCAAGGAUAAAUUAGCUGACGACAGAGCUGCUCCGGCAACAUUAGAGAAGCGUGGUUUUCCGGCUCCGAUUUAGAAAAGUGUUGGAUCCCGUUGCCUUCCCUUCUUUUGCUACACAUAUUCUUCUAUAGCUUAGCAUCUCGUGAUGCAAAUGAGCAAAUUUUGUCGAUUAAUUUUGAGCCUACUUACUUUUUGACCGUGAGACCAUGUACAAAAAAUUUUUGUUACUUGAAAUACCAUGUGUUCUUAUCCGAUAAA